AUGAGCACAACCAUCGUUUUAAUUACUGGUGCUAGCCGUGGCAUAGGUAAAGGAUUGCUUGAACAAUAUCUUGCUCGGCCCAACUAUACUGUCAUCGCGGCCAACCGCAACCCAAAUGAUGCAAACUCUCAAGCCCUUACAAGAUUGCCCAAAGGAGAUGGGACAACCUUGGUUGUGAUCAAGCUCGAUUCAACAGUCAAGUCAGACGCUGUUGAGGCCGUGAAGCAACUCAAAGCUAAAGGUAUAGAUCAUGUCGACGUUGUCAUUGCCAAUGCCGCCAUCAGCUAUAUUUAUGGCAAGGUCGCAGAGCUCGACACCGAGGACAUGCACAAGCAUGCUAUUGUUAACAACUAUGCUGUCAUAUGGCUCUUCCAGGCUCUUAUCCCGCUGCUAAAGAAGGCCGUGCAGCCAAAAUUCAUCGGCAUCGGCUCGUCCGCAGGUGUACUCACGUGA